CCCACAUGGCUAUUGGCUGUAGCACCUAAGCCGCUAGACAACUUGGACAACUUCAGGAACAUCAUUCAGUUCUUUGUCUCUUGUUAUUAAUCGGGUUCGCACCGAUUUUCUAAAUUGAUUGACUAGAAUUCACGGCUUGAGAAGUUAUCCUCACUACAUCCCUUCAAUAUUUACUGGUACGAUGGCUGUGUCUCUACCAGAAAAUUUCAACGUGUUUGUUGGUGCCAAAACUGGCAUCCUGAAAGGGAUCUGCAUGUUCGAGGGCUCUGAUGCCUCUCUUGUUCAAAACAUCCCCAAAGACCUGCGCACCUUGUCGCAGGAAAAAGAAAUUACAGCGAUGGCUUGGGGCCCUGAGGACGAAACUCAGGUUCUCAUGGGACUUCAAAACCAAUCAGUGCAAAUUUAUAACACUGCCAAAGGUCGUCUGAAAACGAUUCCCGCUGAGAAUGGUGAAGGGCCUAUCGUUGGAGUUGCAAAAUUCGGAGAACACCUUUUGACUGGUACUGCCUGUGGAACUGUCCGUCUGUGGGACAAUCCAGGCAAAGAAAUCAACACAGGAGGUCCUCUGGAAAGGUUGAGGGUCAAAGGAAACAUAGUGGCCACCGGAGGCAAGAAAAACGACCUGAAACUCUGGGAUGUAAAUUCUGGUCUUACAAGCACAUUCAAAGCCAAAAAUGUGCCUCAUGACUGGCUUGAACUGGAAGUGCCCGUGUGGAUUUCAGACAUUGCGUUUAUCCCUGACAGUGACAAAAUUAUUGUCUCCACUAGACACGGACAUGUUCGGAUUUACGAUCCAAAAGCUCAGCGCAGACCUGUCUUUAACAUGGAGUUCAAGGAGAAGGCCCUCACCUCCAUCGCUGUUGGCCCAACUGAUGGAUUCGCCAUCGUGGGCACUGCGAUUGGACAAGUCUACAAGGUCGACCUGCGUCAAAAGGGCAUGAUCGCAGGUCACUACAAGGGCGUCAGGGGCAGCGUGCGAGAGGUCGCGUGUGUCAACAACAAGGUGAUCACCGUCGGGCUCGACAGACACAUCAGGGUGCACGACGCGGAGUCCAAACAACUCAUCAAAUCGGAAUACUUGAAAUCCAAGCUGAACUGCUUGCUGGUGAAGUCGAACUUUGAGCUGUACAAAAAGGUAGAGGAGCAUGAAGUUGACGACGACGAGGUGGAAGUGAAGAUUGAGGCAGGAGAAACAGAGAUGGAUGAGAUUUUUGGCGCAUUGGAGUCCGUCAAUGAGCCAUCAAAGAAAAAUAGAAAGGGGAUCAAAAUUGCUGGCCUGAACAUGCCGCCGACAAAGAAGCUGAAGCGGUGAAGUUGUGCAAAUAAUCUUUUAAUAUAAAAUUAUAUUGUAAAUAA